CCAGAGUAGUUCGUCUUCUUCGUCCCCAUCGAGCACAGAGAGAGAGAGAGAGAGAGAGAGAGAGAGAGGGUUCCAUGGCGGCGACCGAGGCUCCCCCUCUCGACGAGAGGGCGAAGAGGACGCGCGACCUCCUCGCGAGCUUCUACAACACCGACCCCUCCGCCGCCGCCGGCGGUGGCGCCGGCGGGAGCGGAGGCGGAGGCGGAGGCGGAGGCGGAGGCGGCGCCGCCUCUACGGCGAGGGCCGCGUCGCUCGACUCCAUCAACUCCCCCUCCUUCGAUCCCGACGUGUACAUGAACCUCCUGGUUCAAAAAUCGAAUUUGGAAGGGCUUCUCCAGAAUCAUGUUCAGAUGGCAGCUGAGAUUAAGAAUCUUGACACUGACUUGCAAAUGCUCGUUUAUGAGAAUUAUAAUAAGUUCAUCAGUGCCACCGAUACCAUAAAAAGGAUGAAAAAUAAUAUCGUUGGAAUGGAAGCAAACAUGGAGCAGCUCCUCGCGAAAAUAACAUCUGUCCAAUCGAAAAGUGAUACAGUGAAUGCAUCCUUAUAUGAGAAAAGAGAACAUAUAGAGAAAUUGCAUCGUACUCGAAAUCUUCUACGAAAAGUUCAAUUCAUUUAUGAUCUUCCCACCCGACUCAACAAAUGCAUCAAGGCAGAAGCAUAUGCAGAUGCUGUGAGGUUUUUUACAGGAGCUAAACCAAUUUUUGAGGCGUAUGGAGAUUCAUCUUUCCAGGAUUGUAAACGAGCAUCUGAAGAGGCUAUAGAUGUAGUCAUUCAGAACCUUCAGGCAAAAUUGUACUCAGAUUCUGAACCUAUUGAAGCAAGGGCUGAAGCUGUUGUACUUCUUAAACAGCUGAACUUCCCUGUAGAAAAUCUAAAGACAAACUUACUUGAGAAGCUUGAGGACUGUCUCUUGAAAUUCAAGGAUGAAUCUAAAGAGGCUUCCAUUGGUGAUAUAUCAAAGACAUUCCGUGCCUAUCUUAUAAUAUUUCCUGAUUCAGAACAACGACUCAUUGAACUUGCACAGGCUUUGUUUUCCAAGCGUUAUGAAUCAGUACGACAGCAAAUAAAUAAAAAACUGCCAUCAGCGGAUCUACUGGCAAUGCUGCGAGUGAUUUGGGAAGACAUAAGUACUGUUGAUGAAGUUCUUCCAGAGGCUGCUCUUCCUGCCUUCUCUUUAGAGGCUGCUAGAAGCAUUAUCAGGCACUAUAUAUCAACUGCAUUUUCUCAUCUUCAGUUGGAAAUUUCAGAUGCUCUAAUCAGAAACAAACCUACGGCAAUUGAAGGGUCAGAAGAGUUCCCAUUACAAAUUGCCUUGGAAACCAGCAAAAAGGCACUGAUUCAGGGCAGCAUGGAUCUCUUAAUGGAAUUCCGCUAUCUCCUUGAUGACAACCUAGAGUUGCUUGUGAAACUGAGAGACUUGAUUAUCGAUUGGGUGCAAGAAGGUUUCCAAGAAUUCUUCCAGAAACUUCAUGGGCGUUUUCUUGUGCUUUCUGGAAGAAGUAACAAUAUUAAUCAGUAUUCGAGCUUAUCGGACUCGAUACAAAUGGAAAAGGUGCCGACAGGACUUGUUCUUGUGCUAGCUCAGCUGUGUGUGUUCGUAGAACAAAGUGCAAUACCUAGAGUCACAGAGGAGAUAGCAGCUUAUUUUUCUGGAGGGGGUGUUCGUGCCUAUGAAUAUGGACCAGCAUUUGUCCCUGGAGAGAUUUGCCGUUUGUUUCGUUCAGCUGGGGAAAAAUUCUUGCAUCUCUAUAUUAAUAUGAAGACGCAGAAGAUCUCUGUACUACUUAAGAAAAGGUUUACAACACCAAACUGGAUCAAGCACAAGGAGCCGAGAGAAGUUCACAUGUUUGUUGAUCUUCUUCUUCAAGAGUUGGAAGCUGUAGGAAGUGAAGUCAAGCAGAUUCUACCUCGUGGCUUGGUUCGAAGGCAUCGUCAUUCCGACAGCACAGGUAGCACCAACUCUUCUCGUAGCAAUCCAAUGCGCGAGGAUAAAUUGACCCGGUCCAAUACACAGAGGGUGAGAAGCCAAUUUCUGGAAACUCAUCUUGCUAAGUUAUUCGAGCAGAAAAUGGAGAUAUUCACAAAAGUUGAAUACACACAGGAAUCUGUCAUAUCAACUGUCAUAAAACUCUGCUUGAAAAGUUUGCAAGAAUUUGUCCGGCUCCAGACUUUCAACCGAAGCGGAUUCCAGCAGAUUCAGUUGGAUAUUGAAUUCCUGAAGACUCCCUUGAAAGACUUUGUCGAUGAUGGAGCCGCUAUAGACUUCCUACUAAAAGAGGUGAUUAGUGCCGCUCAUGAGAGAUGUCUCGAUCCGAUCCCCUUGGAGCCGCCCAUACUCGACAAGCUUAUUACUGCGAAGCUAGCAAAGAACAAAGAGCAGAACUCAAGUUCCUAAUAACUACAGAUAAUUCAGUAUUUUUUAUUAGUUAUAUGGUCAGAACCCGGGGAUCUGAUGGGAACCCAGUUUUUUGUUUCUUCAAUGGGAAAUACUCGAUCAGUCAUCACGUCCCGUCGAUUCUCACACUGCUUGCCGUGUAACUCGUUGUUUCAAGUGUUGUUCUGUGUUCCUCCUCCCCUAGGAUUGUUAGGGGAAUUUCUCAAACUACUAUACCAAAUUGUAAGGCUUGGGGGGACUCUUGUUAGUAAGAGAAGAGUUCUUACUGUAAAUUAGCACAUGAGGGCUUACCUAAUUUCAAACCUUUUUUUCAAAAAUUCGAAUCUAUCUUAUUCGAACUUCAAAUUCCCUGCCCCUAGUAGCACUACUUGGAUGACUUAUUACUCAUCCCAAAAUUGGUUCUUUAUUUAACUUGUUUUAUAGCAAUUUGUGCGCUUAAUCAUGCAA